UAGAUUGGCUGAGUCCUUUGAAAAAACUGUAUAAGCCAUUAUUAACACUCAAAUAUACACACGUUCAAAAAUUAUUAUCUUGAGCAAUAAAUGAUCCCAUCAUCCAACCAAUACGUCGACACUCACAGAGUCACAGAGGACAGAGCCAUAUAUAUACACGAACAUACAAAGAGACUAGAGGACACGUUUCUAUCUAGAGAGAACACAACACAUCGAACCAUGGAGAAAUCAACAAGAACCCUAUUCAUAACCAUCGUGAUAACCUCCAUGUUGCUAGGGUUUGGAAACUCUGAUCUUGCUCAGGACAGAGAGGAGUGUACGAACCAGCUCAUAGAACUAUCCACGUGUAUUCCGUACGUUGGAGGAGACGCCAAGGCUCCAACAAAAGAUUGUUGUGCAGGGUUUGGCCAAGUUAUAAGAAAGAGUGAGAAGUGUGUUUGCAUAUUGGUCAGAGACAAAGAUGAUCCUCAACUUGGUAUCAAGAUUAACGCAACCCUAGCCGCUCAUCUUCCCUCCGCUUGUCAUAUCACGGCUCCUAACAUCACUGACUGUAUUUCGAUUCUGCAUCUACCUCGUAACUCAACAUUGGCUAAAGAGUUUGAGAACUUAGGAAGGAUUGAAGACAACUACAACUCCACAUCUCCUACACAAAUUCAUAAAGAUGGGACAGGAGGAGGAAAAGCCGAACCAGUGAAGAGUAAUGGAUGGAAGGAGAAGAGUUGGUUGGGUGUUGAGCUUUUAAUAUAUUUGCUAGUUUCUCUCAUCUUCUUUUAAUUACUUCCUUUCUUUAAUGUUCCUUUGCUUUAUUAUUACAAUAACUUAUAAGAUAUCUAUUUAUAUAUGAGACACAUGCAUGUGUUUGCGAUCUAUAUGCAUGUAAAUGAGUCACUGGUUAAUUUUUAAUCACGAAGCGUACAUUUUAAUUUCGUUGUUGCCAAUUGAUCUUGUACGUUAGUGAAUUUUAUGGAUUAUCGACUUACUAUGUUUUUUUGUUGUUGUAUAUCUUAUAUUUUAUAGAAUUAAUGAUGUAAAAAUAAUGUUUUCAUUUGUCUUUCUUAGUUUGAACUUUUAUUUGUUACCAC